UGAGAAUAACUGAGAAGCUGUUCAAUAACAGGUCAAACUAGAUCCCCCCAUAUAAUGCACUACUUGAACGGACGAGCGGGUACAAAAGGUCGUUGGUAUUGAACCCGAAACCCAUUACACAUCAAAUUUGAAUUAUCAUAUGAAAUCGAUUGUUCCAUUGAUACAAACUAUUUAUUUUAGUUGUAACAGAUGUACUGAUUAGAUAUCUUCAUGGCUUCCACAAUCCAAUAUGUUUACCUCUAAUCAACAACUAAGCAUGACGAGUGAAAUUGAUAAGAGCUCUCAGCUGCCCGGUAAUCAUUACUAAGCGAAUUGUUAGACUUGCACUUUUUACUAGAUAACUGGGAACAAGUGAUCUUGGAACUUUUACCACAAAUUAUGAUGAUACCUGCGAUAAGGUUACCUAUUGAAUUAUUCCCUUUCGACACUGUUACAUUUCAGAUAACAGGAUGAGUUGAGUGACUGGACAAUGCAGCUACUGCUAGGGCAUAUCUACAAUUCAUAAUGAUAAAUGGAAAAUGGAAAUAGAAACGGACACUGAAGUAACCCUUUAAAAUGAUAUAACUUGGCAAUGCUGGAGUUUUAAAACAACCCAGUAUCACAAUCCGCACCCCCAAUGGCUAGGUAUUAGCUUAAAUUACCCGACUAAGCAUGACCUCUCAACAAAAAGAGUGGCAUCAUCGUGACAAGGCUUUAAAUCCAUUUGCAAAUGGAUCUUCGGAUUUUCAUACUUCCAGCUGCCCGCUGCAGAAAGUAGAUUGCCGGAUUCGGUUUGCUUCUCUUGCGAGCAGCAGACUCUCUUACGGCUUUCAGCUGGCGUAGAACAGUCCCCAAUGCUUAUAUUAUUUACAGUAUCGUUUAGUAGAAAGCUGUUUCUCGUUCGAUGCACAAUGCUGGGUAUAGUUGGUGUGCUUCUCCUGGCGGCGUUCGCCACACUGCUUGUGUGGGAUUUCCUGUGGCGCAGGCGGGGCAAUGGUAUACUGCCGGGUCCGCGGCCACUUCCCUUGCUGGGGAACCUGCUCAUGUACCGCGGUCUAGAUCCUGAACAAAUCAUGGACUUUGUCAAGAAGAACCAGCGCAAGUACGGUCGUCUCUACAGGGUGUGGAUUCUCCACCAGUUGGCCGUGUUCUCCACGGAUCCCCGAGACGUUGAGUUCGUGUUGAGCAGCCAGCAGCAUAUAACCAAAAAUAAUCUGUACAAGCUGCUCAACUGCUGGCUGGGCGACGGAUUGCUAAUGAGCACGGGCAGGAAGUGGCAUGGACGCAGGAAGAUCAUCACGCCCACGUUCCACUUCAAGAUACUGGAGCAGUUCGUCGAGAUCUUCGACCAACAAAGCGCUGUGAUGGUGGAGCAGCUUCAAUCCCGGGCCGACGGCAAGACGCCCAUCAACAUCUUUCCGGUGGUUUGUCUAACUGCCCUGGAUAUAAUUGCAGAAACUGCGAUGGGCACAAAAAUCAAUGCCCAAAAAAAUCCCAAUCUGCCCUAUGUCCAGGCUGUUAAUGAUGUCACCAACAUCAUGAUUAAACGUUUUAUCCACGCCUGGCAGCGGGUGGACUGGAUUUUCCGGCUAACGCAGCCAACAGAAGCUAAACACCAGGACAAAGCUAUCAAGGUAAUGCACGACUUUACCGAGAACAUUAUCCGCGAGCGGCGUCAAACGCUGGUGAACAACUUGAAGAAAACAACUACAGAGGAGCUAGUAGAUUGCUUGGGCCAAAAGCGACGCAUGGCUCUGCUGGAUGUGCUGUUGCAGUCUACCAUCGAUGGCGCUCCCUUGAGCGAUGAGGAUAUCCGCGAAGAGGUUGACACGUUUAUGUUCGAGGGCCAUGACACCACAACCUCGGCGAUUUCCUUCUGUUUGUAUGAGAUCUCUAGGCAUCCGGAGGUGCAACAGCGUCUGGUGCAGGAGAUCCGCGAUGUACUCGGAGAGGAUCGAAAGAGACCAGUUAGCCUUCGAGAUCUGGGCGAGCUGAAGUAUAUGGAGAACGUGAUCAAGGAGUCGCUACGCCUGCACCCGCCAGUGCCCAUGAUCGGCCGCUGGUUCGCCGAGGAUGUGGAAAUACGUGGCAAGCGUAUUCCAGCGGGCACAAACUUUACAAUUGGCAUUUUUGUUCUCCUUCGUGAUCCAGAGUACUUUGAGUCUCCCGAUGAGUUCCGACCGGAGAGAUUUGAGGCAGAUGUUGCGCAAAUUCAUCCGUACGUGUACAUCCCUUUCUCCGCCGGACCAAGAAACUGUAUUGGCCAGAAGUUUGCCAUGCUGGAAAUGAAGAGCACCGUCAGCAAGCUGCUCCGCCACUUCGAGCUGCUGCCCUUGGGUCCUGAGCCCCGGCACUCGAUGAACAUCGUCCUGCGGUCGGCCAACGGCGUUCAUCUGGGCUUGAAACCUCGCGCCUACGCGCUGCAGAGUUUCAACAUGUUGGUGGCUUUGCUAGUGGCCCUCCUGGUCACCCGCUUGGUUGCCUCGCUGUUUCGGUUGGCGCUAAAGGAGCUGCGACAUCCUUUGCAAGGCGUUGUGCCCAGUGUUUCGAGAGUUCCUCUGCUAGGAGCCGCCUGGCAGAUGCGUAGUUUUCAGCCAGACAAUUUGCACGAUAAGUUCGCCGAGUAUGUUAAGCGCUUUGGUCGCUGUUUCAUGGGCACUGUCUUGGGCCAAGUGGUCGUGGUCACAGCGGAGCCCCGUCAUAUAGAUGCACUGCUGCAAAGUCAGCAUCAGUUGAAGAAGGGCACGAUGUAUAUGGCUCUACGCGGCUGGCUGGGCGAUGGACUGCUUCUGAGUCGCGGAAAAGAGUGGCACACGAUGCGCAAGAUCAUCACGCCCAGCUUUCACUUUAGCAUCCUGGAGCAAUUUGUCGAGGUGUUCGAUAAACAAAGCAGCAUAUUGGUGGAGCGGUUCAAAGCCCUGUCGCGCGGCGACCAGGUUGUGAACAUCUAUCCCUUGGUGGGUUUGGCUGCUCUAGACAUCAUCACCGAAACUGCUAUGGGCGUAAGUGUGGGAGCUCAAGAAGGUGACUCUGAGGUGGUGCACGCUGUAAAAGACCUUACCAACAUAUUGUCCACUAGGUUCAUGAGACCACAUCUCCUCUUUCGCCAUCUCUUCCGCCUGUGCUGGCCCAGCGGAUUCAGGAAUCAAGAAGCCGGCGUCCUCUGCCUGCAUCAGUUUACCAACAAAAUUAUAGAGCAGCGCCGCCGUUUACUGGCCAUGGAGGCCAACCAAGAUCAGCCAACGAAGCGUCAUGCCCUACUGGACACUCUCCUUCGGGCAUCUGUGGAUGGGAAACCUUUGACUGACAAGCAAAUUCGCGAUGAGGUCAACACUUUCAUCUUCGAGGGUCAUGAUACCACGACUUCAGCAGUGUCCUUCUGUUUGUAUCUGCUUUCCCGCCAUGAGGCAGUGCAGCAAAAGCUUUUUGAGGAACUGAGGAUGCUCUACGACCAGGAUUUAUCCAGACGCGUUAUUCUUUCGGAUUUUGCUGCGUUACCAUAUCUCAAUUGCGUGGUCAAAGAGUCCCUGCGACUUUAUCCGCCUAUUCCGGCCGUCGCACGCUGCCUGGAAAAGGAGUUGGUUAUAGAUGAGGGCUACAUCCCCGUGGGCACCAACGUAGUCGUACUUCUCUGGCAGCUCCUCCGGGAUGAAGAGAUCUUUGCCGAUCCACUGGUCUUCCAGCCGGAGAGGCAUCAAGCAGACGAGGCCCCCAGGCUGAGCCCCUACAGCUAUAUACCAUUCUCCGCUGGGCCGAGGAACUGCAUUGGUCAAAAGUUUGCCCUGCUGGAGAUGAAAACCAUGGUGACCAAGGUGAUACGCCACUACCAGCUGCUUCCAAUGGGCGCCGAUGUGGAGCCGUCCAUUAAAAUAGUGCUGCGGUCGAAGAGCGGGGUAAAUGUUGGGCUGCGACCGCGGUUGUAUUGAAAAUCAGAGAAUUUCGGAUCAGCUGGCGCCCGGCAGUUUGAAUCAGGCCGUCGUUAUCGAUAACAGCAAACUGCAGUCAGCUGGCGCAGUGAUGGGCAGGUAUAGCUGUUUACCGCCAAAUCCAGCUCGACUUAAGUUAAAAUUUAAAUGCCCAAAACUAAUACAAGGAAUAUAAUAUAUAAAGACAAGUGCUUGU